GAAAUAAAAAAAUACCGCAAAAUGACACACCUGUUUUGGAGGUUCCAGCAAUGGCUAUCUCCUUUCCCUGGUUUUAUGGUUCCAAACCCUUGCUGCUUUUCCAUGUUUCCAUACUAUUAAUUUCAGGUUUGAGUUUGGGAACUGGAACUGGAACUGGAACUGUAGAUUAUGGUAGUGAUGAAGUGUUUGCUGAUGUUCUGAGAGAUGAGGCUGUGGAUAGAAUCCAUCAACUAUCCAAGAUAUCUGAUGGUGAUGGUUACCUUGAAAGAACAUUUUUAAGUCCAGCAUCUAUUAGAGCUGCAAAUCUCAUACUAAGCUGGAUGCAAGAUGCUGGAUUGAGGACGUGGGUAGACCCGAUGGGUAAUGUACAUGGUCGAACUGAAUCAGUGAAUCCUACUGCCGAGGCUCUAUUGAUUGGUUCUCAUUUGGACACUGUCAUUGAUGCUGGAAUGUAUGAUGGCACUUUAGGUAUAAUUUGCGCUAUUUCUGCAUUGAAAGUUUUAAAGAACACUGGCAAGUUGGAUGAACUUGUUCGUCCUGUGGAGGUGAUUGCUUUUAGUGAUGAGGAAGGUGUCCGUUUUCAGACUACAUUUUUAGGAAGUGCUGCUAUAGCUGGUAUUCUACCAGAGUCCGCAUUGAAGAUAUCUGAUAAGAAUGGUGUUACUGUGGAAGAGGUUCUUAAAGAGAAUUCUUUUGAAGCUACCGAGGAAAGCCUAACUCAGGUCAAGUAUGACCCAAAGUCAGUAUGGGGAUAUAUAGAGUUACAUAUUGAACAAGGGCCUUUGCUGGAAUCACUUGGUUAUCCGCUCGGAGUUGUUAAAGGAAUUGCUGGACAAACCCGAUUGAAGGUAAUUGUGAGAGGAUCACAGGGACAUGCUGGCACUGUCCCUAUGUUUAUGCGCCAAGACCCAAUGGCAGCAUCUGCGGAACUUAUCAUCUUAUUAGAGAGUUUGUGUAAACAUCCAGAGAAUUUCUUGACUUAUGAUGAGAAAUGUGGAGGUUUCCCCAAGGAAUCUCUCACCGGAUUGGUCUGCACUGUCGGUGAAAUAUCCAGCUGGCCGAGUGCCAGCAAUGUUAUUCCUGGCCAGGUAAACUUUACCAUAGAUUUACGAGCGAUAGAUGACAUGGCAAGAGAAGCCAUAAUGCUUGAAUUUUCAAACCGUGCUCAACAAAUAUGUAAUAAACGGAUGGUUAAUUGUACAAUUGAUCGGAAGCACAACGCAGAGGCAGUGAAAUGUGAUCCACUACUGAGUGAACAGCUUAAAUAUGCAGCACGUUCAGCUCUGGGAAAGAUGUCAACUGAGGCGGCCAAUUAUCAACAUGAGAUACCCGUGUUGAUGAGUGGAGCAGGACAUGAUUCAAUGGCUAUGUCCCACUUAACCAAGAUCGGUAUGCUGUUUAUCCGGUGUCGAGGAGGUGUAAGCCAUUCUCCUGAUGAAUUUGUGCUAGAUGAUGAUGUUGGGGCUGCUGGUUUAGCUCUGUUGAAGUUUCUGCAGAACAACAUGAUGAUUAGUGUGACAUGAACCAGCAACUACAUGUAUCCUUGCAUGUUUUCAUUUUGGUUCUUAUGUAAUGUAUUAGAAUCUAAUAAUAGAACUGCAUAAUUUUCUUGGUCA